UCAGCCAUUCUCUUGUAUCGCGAUAUUAGACGAGAUUACGGUUCCUCACCCUUCCCCCAACAUUAUUCGAGGAUACCUUUUAGAUGUAGAAAGAAAAAAAUAAGAAACGAUAGAGGAUAUUUUUGUUCAAUGCAUAAUCACGAACCAUGUUUCUAAAUAUUGUAAAACUGAUAUAUAAGUGGCUGAGGAGUAUCUCCCAGGUGUAACAUCUUUUAAAGUGGCCGAUGGUUAUGUAACAACACGGUACUUAAACAGCUGACGAGCUGUGUUUUUAUACUUCCCUUGAAUUAGCCUUCAAUAAAAUAUAUGAAAAAUACAGCCAGGUUGCCCCCCUUCAUUUAAUGACGUCAGAUUCAUUCCCACAAUGCAUAGUAACACGCAGGCGCAUUGUAAAAUAUAUAUAUAUAUUUAUAUAUAUAAAUAUAUAAGAGCUAUCUGUGAUCAGAGAUGGCGGGCGCCUCCGACCCCCUGGAAGAUAUGCUCUUUUCAGAGGUGGAUGAAAAAGCUGUGAGCGACCUAGUGGGCUCGUUGGAGUCUCAGCUUGCAGGGCAAAGCAACCCAGUGGGAAAAACAGACGAAAACGGAGGCGCUGGCUCCGUGGCCCCCGCUAACCAUCACUUAGGAAAAACGCUACCAGCUCCAGUGAGCACCACAACACUAGAACAACAACAACAAGGACGGCGUAAUAAACCUGAGAUGCGCCAGGAGAUCAACUCUAAAGACGUGAGCCCGGAUAAAACUGUCACAUCUCCUUCACUGGGCUGCGCUCCUGCUUUUGGCGAGCCCUCCACCACUUCGGCUGCCUCUGUGAACGCCACUAGCAGCGGCUCGCAAUCACAUGGAGCAUCCAUCACAACACUGACUGCAUCUGGUGUGUCAACUUUGGCGUCUCCGCCGGCCAGCAUCAGCACCACGACCUGCAGCCGGGGCUCUAAGGUUACCCCGGGCACGGGCGAGACGUCGACCGAGGCGAACACGCCGAGGAAGCGCGUAGCGACGCCUCGGAGGAGCGCCUCGGCUCGGAUAAAGAGUUUGAACGGCGCAGCUAUAACGACGAGGAGGAACAGCAACACGGCGGUGGCGGACAACGUUAGCUCUGUGGAAACCAGUGCAACUCCACCAAACUCCACCCGACCGGUCACAUCCUCUAUCAACACCUCGACUUUCACCGUAUCCAACGCUAAUCUGCCUCUAGGUCAGUCGGCUAUCGCUCUCGACCGGGGGACUCCUACCAUUGCUUUGCACAGACUACCGAGUCACAUCGUAGCCAGUAUAGCCCAGAACGGCAGCGGGACCAGUGUUACGGCCUUGGUCCGGCAGGGCGCACCUAUAGGACCCGUGACCCCGCCACCCCCUCAGGGGAACCACGGCAAAACAGUCACGGACACCGGGGCUUCCAAAACAGACGACUGUCAGUCCAAAGCUGUAAUGUCAACCCAGCCUAGUAGUGUCAGUUCUGUGAUAAACACUGUUUCCUCUUCUUCUUCUUCUUCUUCUUCUUCUCCCCUUGUCACACCGACUACAACUACAGCUGCAGCUACAACAACCACAACAAUAAGCCACCCUCUGAGCUCUGCCACAACAACUGCGGGUGCCACAGGGAUGUCAACCAGCUCUGUAUGUGGUACUACUCAGACCACAUCGGUGACAACCACUGUCAGUAUGUUAAGGCCCACAGCUCCCUCUCCCACGCCAGCUGUGGCCACCCCCGUGCAGACUCAGCCCCGUCCUGGACUCACUGCACCUCAGAGGAUCGUAGCCCCCCAGCUGAUUGUCAGACCGCCUCAGCAGCAGACGACCAUUCAGCUGCCCCCGGGGUUUACCAUCCCAGCGGGGAUGGUGUUGGUACGUACAGAGCUAGGCCAGCUGGUGAUGGUUCCUCAGCAGGCUUUGGCUCAAGCUCAAGCUCAAGCUCAGGCCCAAGCCCAGAACAACAUCUCUCCACGACCAGCUACCCCCACCACUGGGGCAUCCUUCAGAGUUACAACGCCACAGCAGUCUCCUGUGACCUCUCAAACAACCAGGCAGUGCCCUUUGACCCCGGCCAAGAUGGCACCGACUCCCUCUCCCACUCCUUCCAGCCCUGCCCUCCAGACCUCUUCUUCCUCCUCCUCCUCCUCUUCCUCCUCCUCUUGUCCUGCACUUCGCCCAAAGGCCCCCGUGGCACCGGCCGUGGCUGUGACGGCUCCGCAGCAGACCCCCGUGGUUAUGGCCCCGCAGGCCCCGGCCCAGCCUCCCUCCCAGCCAGUGCAGCCACAGCAGACGGGCAUCGCCACGGCCCCCGGAGCUCCUGUCGUGUCUCAGGAAAUGCAAGAGAAUGUGAAAAAGUGUAAGAAUUUCCUGGCAACACUUAUCAAGCUGGCAUCUCACAACUCUCCGUCCCCCGAGACUUCCAAGAACGUUAAGGCUCUGGUUCAAGACCUGCUGGAUGCCAAGAUUGAACCAGAGGAGUUCACCAGCCGGCUGCAGACUGAGCUCAAGUCGUCUCCUCAACCUUACCUGGUGCCCUUUCUCAAGAAGAGCCUCCCGGCCCUGAGGCUGUCUCUGCUGAACAGUCAGCAGUCCCUGACACAGCCCCCGCAGCAGGGAGUCAAACCAGUGCCCGGCGGCACCCCUCCUGCCGUCGUGACUGGGCCAGCUGUCCGCAUACGCCACCCCAACAGCGUCAGCACCACCACGGGUGCCAGCGCGCUGCCCGCCGGGACGCUCGGACAUGCAGCUGCCAUGGGUGUCAAGGCCGGAGGCGCGGUUGGUGCCCAGGUCCGAAUGCCCAUGGUGAUCACGCAGUCCAUCAGGGCGCAAGGCACUAUGGGAAAGGGAGCCAUCAUCCAAGCAGGCAAAAGUCCGAUGGGCCUGCCUGUUCAGAUAUCUGGAAAUCAGAAAAACAAGCUCAACGACCCCGGAGGAGGCUCUUUCAGGGACGAUGAUGACAUCAAUGACGUGGCCUCGAUGGCCGGCGUGAACCUGAACGAGGAGAGCGCGAGAAUACUCGCCACCAACUCCGAGCUAGUGGGAACGCAGAUCCGCUCUUGUAAAGACGAAGCAUUUCUCCAUCCGGGGCUGCUACACCGACGAAUUCUGGAAACAGCUAAGAAGUUUGGCGUUACGGAGGUCCCCAUGGAGGCAGUGACAUUCAUCUCACACGCCACGCAGUCACGACUACGAACGGUGGUAGAAAAGGUUUCUACUAUUGCACAGCACCGACUGGAUUCAUGUAAGGACGAGGAGUGCUACGAGCAGUCUGCAGACGUCCGCUCUCAGCUUCGCUUCUUCGAGCAGCUGGAGAGAAUCGAGAAGCAGAGGAAGGACGAGCAGGAGAGAGAGAUACUUCUGAAAGCCGCCAAGAGUCGCUCCCGGCAAGAGGACCCAGAGCAAGCUCGACUGAAACAGAAAGCUAAGGAGAUGCAACAACAGGAGCUGGCCCAGAUGAGGCAGCGAGAUGCCAAUCUAACAGCACUAGCCGCAAUUGGACCCCGGAAAAAACGCAAAGUGGAUUCACCAGGGGCCACUCCAUCAGGGACCGAGGUUUCCAGCGGCGCGGCGGGCUCCCCGGCCAGCUCCUCUGCCCCGUCCACCUCAUCACGCCAGUACACACGGCAGCGCAUCACUCGCGUCAACCUCAGGGACUUAAUCUUCUACAUGGAGCAGGAGAGAGAGACCGCCCACUCGCUCCUCCUUUACCGUGCCCUGCUCAAGUAGCCUCUGCUCCGCUCAGCGCCCACCUCAGCCUCCUCCUCCUCCUCCUCCUCCUUCCCAGCCACGUGCCUUCAGAUCAGGUCUAAUAUUUCAGCUCUGUGUCUCCAUAUGUACUGUAGUGCUGUUCGAUGUAGCUUUUAAUAACACUUUUAAGAAAGAGAGGGACAGAGACAGAGAGAAAAAUACAAAAAUAAAACUGUUGUCAGCGUCUUCUCCGUUUAGCUUCACGGUGUGUAGUUAGAUCGUUUAAUUUAAGGGCCAUAUCAUAUUCUCUUUAUGUUGGAUUUGCUUGAGGAACUUUGUGUUAAUGUCACAGAGAACUUGUUCCACGUAUACUGGGUAGCAGUUUAUUUGAUAUUGUCGGCAGAAACUUUUAAUGAACCACCUAAAAUUAAGUAACAGAGUAAUACUCAUACCUCGACACAGUCUACAAUAUUCUCCAUAAGCUAUUUGUUGAACACAGUUCAAUGAAUGUAGUCUAGCUGAACUUAAUAAAUGAGAUUCUACAGAUUUCAUUCAGAUUCCAAAUAACAGCAUCACGUUUCAUUUCCUUGCCGUAUGUGUAAAUAGUUCUUUUGGAAUUAUUUUACAGCAUGUAUAUUUUUGUCACAUGUAAGCUUUGUAAGAAGAGGAAUACUCCAUGUGUCAGUACUAUGAAACCCGAUGUUUUGUAAAACCACGUGCUAUGAAAGAGUCAAAUUUAGACAGGCUUUUCUGUAAAGUGUUGUUACGAGGCAGCCUGCGCCUGUCCCUUCAGCAAAGGUCAUUUAAUAAAACCACAGUCCGCGCUGUGUGUCACCACUUUUCGAUUGGUCACCCUCGUAGAGUGAGUCAGUAUUUUUUUUAUUUUUUAUUUUUUUUUUAGAGCACACAUAAUGUGAACCUUGUUUUUAUGAGUAGUUGUGUGCAUUUUGUGUCCUGCAGUAUCAUGCCCACAUAUCGCUGUACGAAGGUAAGUUUUGGUGACCUUGUAGGUCGGUCGGUUCCUUGAUCUUUCACUGUCCUUGUCCUUUCUGCGUCAUGAUCAUUGUUCAAGGAAAAAAAAAAUACUACGUUUCAACUCAUUGUCAAGGAGCCCCGCCACCUCCACCACCACCACCCACACUUUGAUAAUGACUGAGUAAAUCAAUGAAGCAUUUUAUUAAUAGAGAUGAAAUAUCACAGCAGUUCUAUGAUUCCAGCCUAAAACUGAUUUCUAUAUAUUAUUUUUUAUAUUUUUUCUUCUGUCUUUGUAUUACUGAUUGAACGACGGGAUAGAACAGCUGCUUUUACAAUGUCGUUUUGCAUUUUCGCCUUCGAAUUUUUUUUUUCUAAUCCUUCCUGUAACAUCGUCCAUUUUUGUUUCGUUUCGUUUUUUUUCUAUUUAACUAAAUAUCUUGGCCUCUAUGCAGCUUUUCUCGUCAUAUUGAAACUUAUUUAAAUAUGGGUGACAUUUUAAAACUAUCGUUGUGCAUUGUAUAUUUUGACAGCACUUUUUUUAAUAUCUAUUUUACCUGACAACUGAAAGCUGUCACUGUAUUAUAGCAAAGAAAUUACUCUUUUAAGUAUAAACGGUAUUACCAGUUUCUGUCAAAAGACGCUUAUUUUUAACAAUUAAUAUAUUUCUUUUUCUUGUUUUUCUUUCCUUUUUUUUUUUUUUUGGCUUUUAUGCUUAACAAGUUUUGGUAGACUUUAUCUCCAAAAAAUACCAUGUUUCAAAAACAAGCACAACAAUACCUUUCUGUGGGUUUUCUGUGGUUCCCGGUGGUUUCACAGGAAGACAUUUCUACUACUACUACUACUAGUACUACUACCACUACUACUACUACAGCUUUUUAGCCAAAAUGUUAUGACAAUAUUCCUGAUGUGAAACAGACGGGGAAAUAACAUUUCAAUGUAAGGAUGAUUUGUAAAUAUUGUUUACAAGACUAUGUGUUUAUUAGAACCACGUUAUUUUUGGUAAACUCUUGUACAUAUCUUGGAAAUUUCUUGUUUGUGUGGAAAAAAAACAAUACUUAUGUAUUUGUACCUAUUUUGUAAAGGAAUAAAUGAGCUGUUUACUAAACUAAACAUAAUGUAUAUUUUUCAGUUCUUUCCCUUCAGCGUGUACGUGGAGAAAUGACAAUUCUGAAAUGACUUAAUAGCUAAGCAGCGUACCCUCCUCCCCGUUCCUAAAAGUGAAAAGCAAGCUAUAUUGUGUUUUUCCAAGACAUUUUUUUUUUUUUUUUUUUUUUUUUUUUUACCGAAGUCAUCUGCUAAUUCAGUCUGCUUCAUUUCCAUUUCUAACACUGCACAUGCUAAGUACAAACUGAGUCAAGCGCUGCUGCUCAACUAUGAAAAGUCCCCCUAGGUUUCUGCUGCUAAUUAAGCAGAAGCAUUUUUGAAAAGACCAAACCGUUUAACUCAGUGCGAAAUAUUGGGGUUUAGGAGCGUAUUGGUUUCUCGGCCUAUGCCUUGGUCCCUCUGGAGCUCCAGACUGCUGAUCUGGAUUCAGCCCUGAAGACGACCUCCCCCCUCCUUUGCGAAGAACGAACGGGGGGGCGCGCACAUGCUUCCGUACAGUAGGCUGGUGAGAUUUAUCCUGUUUCGUCGGUUCAGUUGGAGGACACAGAGUUCACUGUCCUUCGUGCAAUAUGUUGCAUAAUGGUUUUAGCUGGCAUCGUUUACAGUAAACCCUCUUCAUCUCUUCUCUUCGUAUGGAACAUCAUGAGAGCAGUAAGACACAGGCCAGACAUACAGUACAUCCUUUUAUUAUCGCAAAUAUGCAAGAAAAGUCAAAUGGAGACACUGUAAAUGAACACAUGCCCUUUAAUACCACAGUCUAAUUGUUUUAAACACUUUAAAUAAUAUACAUUUGCACCUUAUUAUACCCUUUGAAAUGUUUUAAUCCAUAUGUACACAAUGUAAUGCUUUGAAUUCUUUUCAUUCUUUUUGUGAAGAGGACUUAGAAGUCUCUUAAAAACUUGAGGGUCCCAUAAAACCCAGAGUCCUUGAUAAUUCAAUUUACAAUAACUGUACAACUGACCCGCCUCAGAAGUGGAGUGAUUGCCACGUGGACUGCCUCGACACACUGACCAGUACUUUCGACUGGAAAGGGUGACAUGUGCGAGCGUGUCAGUGAAGUUUCCAGUCCCGUCAAGUCGGUCGAGCUCUGUGGUUGACCUGCCAUCUACGCAUGUGCUGAGUCAAAAAGGGGGCUUCCCUGGUUUGGUUAUUGCGAUGAGAGAGACCCACCCAUGCCGGCAUCUUUUGUUCCUUUUCCUUGCUUUAUUUCCAUAUUGGAAGUAAUGUGGUUGAAAGCCCAUUAUAUGAUGGUUUUAAAAAUAGGCCUUCUCUCCUUCCUCCCUGAAAACGAAAGUUAUUUUUGUGGGUUUUGUAGGUGUGGUUCCAAUCAUUCGCACACCUCUUUCUCAAGAAAUAACCUAAUGACACUUAAUGCCAGGUGGUAUUAAGUUACAAAGGCGUUGGGAUCAGGAGAGGAAUCCAGUCAUCUUGGCUGCACAGUACACCAUGUUCUGAAUAUUCUUGUAUUUUGACUCAUCAGUUUGUUUGGUUUGUUGUGGUGUGGUCCGCUGAGUUACGGCGUAGGAGGGCAUUUUGAAAAUGAGGCACAGGGGAUGACACAGCAGCAGGGGGUGCAACCCCGGUUUCUACUGGCACCGCUGAGCUGCGAGGCCUUCAGGGAGGCGGAGGGGGGUGAGAACCGCUGUGAAGAGUCCAACAUGCCUCGGCACAUGAAAGGCCUGGUUGACCAUUCCCUUUGAGGCGAGUGGAUGCAAAGGCGCAGGCCACUGGCAGGUCAGAACAAAGAUGGACUUGAUUGUGAUAAAGACCCUCGGGGAAGACUGCACUAGACGCGGGGCUACACUUACACCAAGCCCAUCUUUAUCCAUCUCAUUGGCCUUGUUUAAUCAGCGGCAUCCAGACACACGGUCAGAACAGCUACCACCCAUUUUUAAUGGACAACUAAAAACAAUCGGUUUAACUCAAACAACUGGCAGCACCCACAAAGAUCAGAAUGCACUUUUCUUUUCUCUCCGUCUUUUGGAAUGUUAGAAACAGCAUCUGUAAGUAACACACAAAUACAAAGCAUGAAAACUUGGCCUUUCUUGUUUCUGGCUUUGAUGGAGAAAUGUUGAGAAUAAGACCAAAAGAAUGAGAGCAGGAUAGAGUAAAUGCCGCCCACUCGCCUCUUUGUGAAUAACAUGCCGACGUUGGGAGUACAGUUCACUUUGGGUUCUGCCAUACAUCCAUGUGAAGAACCACUGAAAUAAUCUUGGCUUAGAAGUGACAAUAUUGAAACAGAGACUUUGUCUUUCAAACUCGGUCUGAAGGUACCCGGAGCUAUCCUCAACCAAACUGUCAAGACUGGAGGCCUGCAGGAUCAAAUGUUGGUACCCUUCAUACAGUUUUGAAUAAUGCAUUGCGUCUUCUUUUUCUAUAAACUGCAAAAAGAACAUCUUUAUAUUUGUACAAUCAACAAAAUAGGCACCUUGUCUACUUUGGUACCUAGAGUGUUUGUUCUAUUUUCUUUUCUUUUCUUCUUUUUUUUUUUGUUCAUGUGUUGUAAUGUCACAGUCUGCUAAAACAUGAGAAGAUGAACAGCAUGACUUGGCACUGCUCACUGGGUUCAAACAAGUGUUUUUUGGGAACAGGGCAGGGCAGCUCAGGAGGAAAUGUUUAAGUGCAAAAAAACAUUAAGCAUUUAAAGUACAUCUCUUGCUGAUCAUGAGACAUACUGGUAAACGUCAGCUUUCCCCAUUGGUCCUCACGUCCCUAACAUUCUAACUCAAAAAAAACAAAAAAAAAAAACAACUGCAUUAUACUUAGAGCAUGUGCAAUUUUCGAUUCCGGCGUUUCAAAUUUACAGACGCUCUUAAACUUGUGCUAAAUACGAACAAAUGUUUUGUGCUCGUGCGAGAGAAUCCGACCAGAGACCCGGGAUAUGUUUUAGAGCUAAUAAGCAGAAAUUCUAGAGCACUGUUUUAUGUGUGCUACACAUUUGACUAUAAACAAUGUUGAAACAUCCAGGUUUUCUUCCAUUCCUGUUUGAACAAUGGGACUUUUUCCGGCUCUGAAUGCAUUGCCAGUCAGAUCGCUUUAGCCACAUAGCCCGCAGACAUCUUAGUUUCUGCAGCUACUGCCAAGAAAUGCUCCCUCACAAGCUCUCAAAGCCUAAUGAAUACAAGUUCAUACAUCCUUCAUAUUGGAGAAAGGAAAAAAAAAGAGACAUUAAAAAUAAUCCUAUUAAUAAUAAUUGUUUACACCAUGUCAUGAUAAGAACAGCAAAAAGGAGCAAGAAGAACAUACUUUAGAAACAACAAUGAAAAACUGUAAUAAACAAUCAGUUUGGCAAACGAUAGUGUGUUCAGAGACGCUCGACAUCUGCGGUCAGGCCUGUGGGUCAUGGGCUCUUGAGGAUUAGGGCCUUUUUGGGGGGGACUCACAAAAUCAGACUGUGUCCUCUUCUUGUCAUCCUUAAAAAAAUUCUUGUUUACCAAAGUGUCAUUGUCCCACAGCAGGCUUCUCUUGGUCAGUCAGAUAAGUUACGGGCCUCACACAGAAACAGAACUGGAUGAUACACCGCUGAGAGGGUGGUAAAGGGAUGGGGAGGGGGGCGUAUGUUGAAGCUGAACGGUGGAGUCGAUUGGGGUUGAAAGAGAGGGCGGUGGUGUCCCUCCAAAAGGUUCGGGCCACGUAUUUUUUAUUUUUUUUUUUUCAUAAGAGAGUAAAGGAAAAAAAUCAACCAGUCGCUGUGCUAAAUUAGUGAGCUGCCGUAGCGUUCAUUUGUCAUCGUUGUUGUUUUCAUCACGGUCCCAGAUUCUUUGGGCGUUUUUUUUUUUUUUUUUU